AUGACGGAGCUUGUCGAAACUCAGAGCAUCACUCGAGGCUGGCGAAACAGUCGACUUCCUAGCUACCUAGCCGGUGAUGUUUCUGCAGCUUUUCUCUCGGCUACACUCAUAUCGCCCAUUCUCACGGCGAUAGACAGAGCUGUCGUCGAAAAUGUCUCCUCAACCACGCGGCCCCUCUCAACCGCCCUGAAAGAAAACCUACUCUGCACCAUCCGCUACCCAAAGUCAUUCUUUGCUGCAAAACCCUUCAUCUACAUGUGGAUGCUCUAUGCAGCCACCUACACUACUGCCAACAGCAUGAACACCCUCACUAGCAUCUCCAUGAACAAGUCCCCCGAAUUCCUUGCCAAUUCACUCAUCUUCAUCGCGACGUGCACCGUCAACGUUCCACUCGGGGUCUGCAAAGACAUUUGCUUCGUGCAAACGUUCGGCGGGCGGCCCCCGGGACCCGCGAAUACGCCUCAAACUAAACCACCACUUCCUCCUCGAUCUCCCACCAAAUUCCCCAAAGCUGUAGCCGCAACUUUCCUCGCUCGCGACGCCAUUACCAUCCUGGGCUCCUUCACCCUCCCGCCCAUGCUCACACACCGCAUCCCCAUCGCCGAUCCCGCGGCGCAAAUGGCGGUGGCGCAGCUGCUGAUGCCAGUCCUGUCGCAACUAGCGGCGACGCCUUAUAAUGUACUGUGGCUAGGAGGCUUCGAAGAGGUGCCAUCAGGUCGCAUUAUAAAAGCUACUUAG